AUUGGCAACAUUAACACAUUAAUUUGCUAAAGGAAAAAUAGGCAGUUCCCAAUUGCCUGUGAAAACGACCAUUCUGCCCUGUUCUUGUAAUGACCACAGUCAGUCUUAUUCGUUCUCAUACAUUUUGGUCUAUUUAUUUACUAAUUUCAGCAAGCAUAAUGCCUAGGAAAGAGAGGCUGAGAAAGGAGAAAGAAAGGGAUCUACAACAGGCAGCCCAGGGAAGCAGUUCUCUGCUCUCCUGGAUGAAAGCAAAGGAAAAUGAAGAUGAAAGUCAGUCACAGCAGGGAAGCAGCUCUAUGCCAUCUACCAGCAUAGCAGAAGAGGGAGAUAUAGAAACAGAUGAAGCCGCGACCAAUGCAGCAACAGGUUCAGUUAGGCCUACAGACACUGAUGUAGUGCUCUCUGAAGACCACAAUGAGGAAGAACAGAUCGAUCACAUAAUGUCAAAGUUAGCAGCUUUACAAUACCCAACAGAUCCAACACACAUCCAUACAUUUAAAAUAAAGCGCAAUGACAGAUACGUUUCAAUGUGCUGCAAUGUGGGCCCAUGUCAGCCUGAUAUACCUUACCCAAAAACUGAGGGUAGAUCAUUCCAGAAACAGUGGUUUUCUGCUAAUGUGUGGCUGGAAUACUCACCCACUGCUAAUUCAAUGCAUUGUUUUAGUUGUCGGCUUUUCCUCUCGGAUGAAAAAUAUAAAAGCAGAACAGCCUGGACAACUGAUGGCAUCAGAAAGUGGAGUACUGCUCUUGAAAAAAUCAAACAACACUCCAGCGCAGAGAUGCACAUGACAAGCAUGGUUAGAUGGAUCAAUUUCCAGAAAAAGGCCCUUCAGUCUGCAUUUGAUGUUUCAGACGUAAAAGGGGUGGAAGUUAGAGAGCGAGAGAGGCAGACAAACAAAGAAAUCCUGACAAGAUUAAUUGACCUAACAGUGUAUCUUGCACGUCAGGGACAAGCAUUCCGAGGUCAUGAUGAGAGUGAGUCCAGUGAUAACCGUGGCAAUUUUCGUGAAUUAGUCAAUGUAUUUUCCCGCUACGAUAGUGUGCUGAAAAUGCAUUUGGAAAAAAUUGCCACAGUUAAAGCCACCAAGACAAGGCCCCAGGUGUCACUGCUUUCCAACAGAAGUCAAAAUGACAUCAUUGCAGCACUAGGAACUUACAUCAGGAAGGAGAUACAACGUGAAAUAAAAGAGGCUGAAAUGUAUUCCAUUCUACUUGAUGAAACCUCUGAUGUUUCACACAAAGAGCAAGUGUCAUUUGUUGUGCGAUAUUUUCAUCAUAUGCAAAUAAAGGAGAGAUUCAUCGAAGUGUGCAAUGUUGAUACAACUACAGGCCAGGAGCUGGAGAACACAGUGUUCUUGCUUCUGCAAAAGAAUGGCCUAGAGAUGAAGAACAUGUAUGGUCAAGGCUAUGAUGGAGCAGCCAACAUGAGUGGCAUGUAUAAAGGUCUCCAAGCUAGAAUCCGUGCACACAAUGAGAAGGCCCUCUAUGUGCACUGCAAAGCCCAUUGCCUCAAUUUGGUACUAGUGGAGGCAUCAAAGUCCAGCAAGCAUUUUGUGACAUUUUUCAACUUGGUGGAGAAAUUGUAUGCCUUUUGCUCAGGCUCCCCAAAGCGUCAUGCUGCCUUGGUCAAAUUUCAGGAGUCUCUCUUUCCUGGACAACGUGUUAUGGAGCUCCAGCAGCUGUCAGAUACUCGAUAG